AUGGGAAGAAGCAGCUCAGAAAAACGAAAAAACAUACUAUACUGUGUUUUAUCCGUAUUAACAGUUGCAUGCGUUCUAACUAUUUUGAAAUUCUGCAUGGUAAAGAAGGAUUUCACAGCAGAUCCUCAGAAGGAAAAACCUUCGGCCAGUCACUCCAUCAGCCCCAUUGGUCUCAUGGCCAGUCCCAUUAUUAGUCCGAAUAGUCCCACUGACAGUUCCAGUAUUAGUUCGAUUAGGCACCCAGUCAAUAACCCGAAUAACCCGAUUAUUAGUUUGAUUAGGAACUCGGCCAAUCGCACUAUUAGUCCCGUUACUCACUCCACUAGUCCAAUUACUCACACGAUUAGUCCCGCUAUUAUUCCGAUUAGUCAUACGGUCAGUGACUCGGACAAUCCGAUUACUCCCACGGUCAAUCCCACUACUAUUCCGAUUACUCAUACAGUCAGUUCCAAUAUUACUCCUGUUUUUUCCUUCGUUAGCACACAUGAGAUUGAAGUGAAGGAUUCCAUCUCCAAAGCUGAAAGUCUCCCUGGAGAAAUUUAUGCUGAAGGCGCAGCGGAAGAAGAGGCAGACGAAAUUUCUGUAGAAAGUGUCGAACUAGCCCCGGAGGAGCCAGAAACUACAGAUUCUAGGGAUUUGAAUACGCUAGUGCACAACGCCAUCAAAUCGUCAAACCUCGCGUCUUUUUCUGAGGUCAUUCGCAGGCUUGGAACCGGAAUAACGGAAAAAUACAACGCACUUUUGCACAUAAAAAAGAACGUGAACAAGUACAUAGAUCUCAUGCAGAUUCCAGGCUUUGACUUUUCGAUGGUAGACCAAGCAAUCGAGUUUAUCCGCAACAAUGCCCCGAACAUGGGCCAGCACAGACUCUUAAAAGGCCAAGGAUCUUCUUUGGAGAAAGACGCCAAGAACACUCUCGGGAAUAUUAUGGUCCUAGUCCGAAAGAAUGAAGUAGGAGGUUUAAGCAAGAAAAUGCCUGUUCUCCCGCAUACAUACGUGUGUUCUCGCUCAAAAGGGUUCUCUUCUGCUCUGCAGCUGCUUUUGACCAUCCCCGAAAUAUGCAAUGACUUGAAACGCCUCUCCUCCGGGACUAUCACCCGCCUGGCUGAGGAUUGGACCUUGGAAACGUCGAAUAACAACAAACUAUACACCAUACUAGCGACACACCGUAUCCCCGACGCAGAUAUCGCGUGGUUUUUCAAAGGAUUAUCUUUCCUCUCAACCGUCAUUCGGGGAAUUGUGAAGUACAACAAGAAAAACUCUCUCCUGGAAAAGUGCGAAAAUGAGCUGGAAAGCUUUGAGGUUUGGCUGUGCGAGACUGCUUUCGUAAAGGAGCAAUUAAAGGCCAUUGGAGAAGACACUUCCAAAGCCUCCUGGUGCAUAUACCGAAUUCUCUACACUAUUGCGGCAAUCUUCUACGAAAUAUCCUACGAGUAUGCAAACCGGCUUAAGCUUGAAGGGACGCUUAUGGUGCGACCUGAUACGUACUAUAGAAGCAAAUUUUCCACGGGAGACCUCAAAUAUCAGAGCGAAUACACCUUCAUGAGCGUUAUCCCGAAGGCUCUAGGCGCUUUGGACGAGUUCUCCUUUAAAACCACGAAGGAUAUAAAGCUAGAGUACGUCCAGUACUUCGACAACGAAGAACAAGUCCGGAAAAUUGUUAUGAUCCCAAAGUCGCAAGAAUCCUCCUGGCUUCUUGAACACAUAAUAUCGUACAUUUCCCAGCUCUACAACAAGCCAGAGAAGAACAUCCACCCGUUUUUCAUCGACCCAACUACGUCCAGAUGGAGCUGCUUGGCCAGAGACUCCAGUUUGAAAACCGCGUUAAGUGACAGAUACGUAUUCUACUACAUAAAAGAGGCUGAUUCCUUGAACAGUGCAGUGCAGCUUCAGUUCGUAAGUCUUACAACGUUUUCAAAGGGGAAAACUUCACCCUUAAAGAACGACUUUCCUGUUUUCCUGGGGAAGUUCAUGGUCGAGUCUUUGGCCCUCGCAGGGUACAAGCUCAAAACAGAAAAUUGCCCAAUGGAACAGAGCAUGUACAUUUCCUCCCUGGAGGGCGUAAAUGGUAUUCUUCCGCACAUAUACGAGGAAACAAGGAUUCUGAAGGGUGAUGAGUCUUACUCCGUGAACUUCAUUUCCACGGACAAUCCCUAUUUGACGUCGGAGUUGGGCCUUUACGUUGCAAUGAAUUCUCUAGAGGCGAAAUUACAGGAUGAAAGGUAUUGUCCCACGCAAAAUCAUAUUACGUACUACACGAGGGAUAUUGAAAGGGGGCAGUACUACAGCGUAUACGCCCCCUGGACUCUAACGAAGCACUUAGACCCAUACAACAGAAGGGAUAUACAGGGGAACGAGCUUAAAUCGCUCAUUUUCACGCAGGACGAGCAGAAAAAUGCAGUUGGAAUCUUCACUAGCACUCCAGAGAGUUGCACGGCAAGACUAAGCCUUUUCUCCAGCAGAAGCAAAGCCCCAGAGACUCUGGAAGGCUUUGAAUGCAACGGGAACUGGAGCUUUCCCCCAGAGUACAGAUGCCAUUCUAUGGUGAUGCAUCCUUCUUGGCGCCUCCUGAAAGAGCAGGCUGGAAUACGCGGCCGCAUGAUGGACCUUCUGCUCUUUGAAAACCAAUAA